UCAAUGUCUUUUUCUAGAAGAGUAUCCUUACAGUGGAUACCUGAACAAGUGGACCCAGAAGAAAGUACUAGCACAUAUGUCAUUACCUCUCCAAAUGAUGAAUUUGUUGAUAUUAGAAUUUACAGCACCAAGUAUCCAUACACUAAAGAAAAGCAGGAAGCUUUCGACAAAGUGUUCCAGUGGGGGAUAACUGGAGUCGAGGAGCCAAUUGAAGGUACUAGCAGAGUAAAUUUCAAGCAUGAAGUAAGCACCACUGAGGUGAUCGAAUCAAUCAGAACAGGCAAGCUGUUAGAAGAAUGCAGAGGUGAACCAGACGUUGGCGACUUCAGCAAUAUCGAAGGAAGUGAGGACAGAAGGGAGACUGGGUCUAUGGUGAAUUUUGAGACUGGUCGAAAGACGGACUACAUUGAAAUCUGGCGUUCUCUUGAUCCCAUAAAUCAUACUCCCCAUAAAGAAGUCAGAGAGCCCAAGGAAACUACAGACAUACCAAAGGUCUUGGUUAUGGAGGUGAACCAAGUUGGUUUCCAAGGCAAGUUGGUCCGUUUGGGGAAUUGGGUUCAAGCUUUGGUCCUCAACAGGUCAACUAAAGAAAUACAUAUCAUUAGGUAUCAUUUUGAUACUCUGCUUAAGAACUGGGACCGAUUGAUUCAAUAUGCUGGCAUUGACUUCCCUACAGACUUUGCCGGUAACGUGGGAGAAUCAGCUAUGGUGAGUAACAUCAAUUGGAUCUGUAAAGAGAAGGUGUAGUUUUUAUAAAC